CUCUCUCUUUCACUUUGAUUCUCAAAAAGCAAUUUAGGAAGAAGAAAGGAACCGAAAUCCCAUAUGAAAAAGAAAGGGAAAACAAUACAACCCAUUUCAUUUUUGGGUUCCCCUAAAUUUACUCCCAUCUCAAUCACAAAAACUCUUAAACCCACCUUCUUUCUUCUUCUUCUUCAAUGGUGGUAUAACGCUUCAUCUCUGUUUCUCUUUCAUCUUCGCUUAUGGGUUCUUUUUGUAAUGUGGGUGUGGAGGCUGGGUGUUGUGAAGUUUCGUGAAAUCGCCUCACGUUUUGGAGGGAGGAGAUAUGAAGAAGCGGCCAAAUGGGGCUUUGGUUUUGCUCUGGUUCAUCUUUGUGGGGCAAUUUUGUACCAAUGCCUCUGCAACUGUAGAAGCUACUGUUCUGCAUAUAUUUCGAUUGAAUUUGGAAGAUCCAAACAAUGUUCUGCAAAGUUGGGACCCCACCCUUGUUAAUCCCUGCACUUGGUUUCAUGUCACUUGCAACAAUGAAAAUAACAUUAUAAGAGUUGACCUUGGAAAUGCUGGAUUGUCUGGUAAAUUAGUACCACAGCUUGGUCAACUUAAAAGUCUUCAAUACUUGGAGCUUUAUGGCAACGAAAUAAGUGGAGAGAUUCCAGAUGAUCUCGGAAAUCUGGAAAAUUUGGUGAGCCUAGACCUUUACUUGAACGGUUUAACUGGCCCGAUUCCAGACACGUUUGGAAAGCUCACACAAUUGCGUUUCCUUCGGCUAAAUGACAACAAACUAUCUGGCUUGAUACCGAUUUCCUUGACUAAUAUUUCCACCCUGCAAGUCUUGGAUCUAUCAAACAACCUCUUAUCUGGAAGGGUUCCAAAUAAUGGCUCAUUUUCACUAUUUACUCCCAUCAGUUUUGCAAAUAACUUGGAUCUAUGUGGUCUGGUAACUGGGAAACCUUGCCCUGGGGAUCCUCCCUUUUCUCCACCGCCGCCAUUCAUUCCACAGUCACCAUUUUCUUCCCAUGAAGUAAACAAUCCGAAUGGAGCAAUUGUUGGAGGAGUUGCUGCAGGUGCUGCUUUACUUUUUGCCACUCCAGCUAUCAUAUUCGUCUAUUGGCAUCGGAAAAGAUCACGAGAAAUAUUCUUCGAUGUCCCUGCGGAGGAAGAUUCAGAGAUCAACUUGGGGCAGCUGAAACGAUUUUCUCUGAGAGACUUACAAGUUGCAACAGAUAACUUCUGCAACAAAAAUAUUCUUGGUCGAGGUGGAUUCGGUAAAGUCUAUAGAGGACGUCUGGCUGAUGGAUCAUUAGUAGCAGUAAAAAGGCUCAAAGAAGAGCGAACUCCAGGUGGAGAGUUGCAGUUCCAAACAGAAGUAGAGAUGAUUAGCAUGGCAGUGCAUCGGAAUCUUUUGCGACUACACGGAUUUUGUACAACAUCAAGUGAACGCCUCCUUGUUUAUCCGUAUAUGGCCAACGGAAGUGUUGCAUCAUGUUUAAGAGAACGCCCACAAUCUGAAGCUCCUCUCGAUUGGCCAACUCGAAAGAAAGUUGCAUUAGGCUCUGCAAGGGGGCUUUCUUAUUUACAUGAUGGAUGUGAUCCGAAAAUCAUCCAUCGUGAUGUGAAGGCUGCAAAUAUUUUACUGGAUGAGGAAUUCGAAGCUGUUGUUGGCGAUUUUGGUCUUGCAAAGUUAAUGGAUUACAAGGAUACUCAUGUUACAACAGCAGUACGAGGUACCAUUGGGCAUAUAGCUCCUGAGUAUCUCUCAACUGGGAAGUCAUCUGAAAAGACUGAUGUUUUUGGUUAUGGCAUUAUGCUCUUGGAGCUAAUAACCGGACAGAGGGCUUUCGAUCUUGCUCGACUCGCAAACGAUGAAGAUGUUAUGCUGCUUGACUGGGUAAAAGGUCUUCUGAAAGAGAAGAAGUUGGAGAUGUUGGUUGAUCCUGAUCUGAAGGACAACUAUGAUGAAAUUGAAGUUGAGCAAAUAAUCCAAGUAGCACUUCUCUGCACACAGAGCUCGCCUAUGGAACGACCGAAAAUGUCUGAUGUGGUCAGAAUGCUCGAAGGAGACGGCUUGACCGAGCGAUGGGAGGAAUGGCAGAGAGUCGAGGUAGUCUACCACGAAACCGAAUUGGCAUCUUCUCAAACUUCUGAAUGGAUGGUUGAUUCGACUGAAAACGUUCGCGCUUUUGAAUUAUCUGGUCCUAGAUAACUUACAGUUUGAUAGAAACAAAAUGCCAUCAUUUCUUUUUUCUUCUUUGAUUUAGAGUGCUCACUUUUUUGCUUCACAAAACCUGUGUAUAUGAACCUUGUUAGAGUAAUAUAUGUAUACAUAGCUGAAUUUUCACAA